GAGAAAAAUGMUGACGUGUUCAAUACUUAUUUUACCCGCUGUAUCCUAAAGAAUAUUUAAAGAAAUACCAUGGAACAAACCGUAUGUGUACAAAACAACCUGCCAGGUUCCCAUCUGCCCAUGUUGUUGUUGUUGUUGUUGUUGUUGUUGUGGCUUUCAUGUAGAAGCUGAAAGGAAUUAUGUGAGAUUGUAGGGCAGGAGGAAUAAACUCAGCAGAGUCAGCCAAGUGCUAAUACCUUAACGUGCACUCACACACGGUCAGAUGAGUGCAGAGACUUAGGGAGGAUUUGCUUUGUAUUAWCUCUGACAGGAAUCUGAGAGCCAGCUGGAGGGAGGGAGGCAAAACAGACGUGGACAAAAGUGCAGAAACUCUUYUUUUGUGUGAAACAACACAACCAGCGCAGUAAUGUUGUUAAAGUGAAGUUAGGUUACUGGAAGUGUCCCAGCAGCGGUGCUGAAAGGAAAUGGUCUUAUGAAGAGCUUUGCAAGCUGUCAGCAGGAGAAAGUUCCAGCACCAGGGCUUCAGAGACGGCAGGGCGAAGCAGAAUGGGGCACCCCAACGUGCCACUCUGUUACAAACAAGCGCGGAGUCACAGGGAGAAACAGAUAUCCAGCAGARUGCAACCCUACACACCAAACGAAAACUUGAACAAUGCACUGGGAGCUAUCAGAGUUCUUGGUGUGGAACUGAUUGAAGAUGAACUUAAACCCCAUCUGAACACCGUGCUGGUAAACAUUAAGGAUAAACAGAAAGGGGCUGCAGAGCAGGUGGUGAUCAGUGGGAUCCUGCCAAUCCUGGCCUUGUCUCUGAGGAGCAGAGGUCCUCUGACUUUGCUGACUGCUAAACUGGUGGCUGAGCUCGCCAAGGAAUCUGUGGUUCGCAAAGGUUUCGGGGAUGCAGGCUUGGUUACGGCUCUGCUGUCGGUUCUGACCAGUACCAAUGAAGAGCUGCUCGUUUAUGCUGCAAGAGCCAUCUCACACAUGUCUUAUGAGAGCCCUAAGCAGCAGGAGUUGUUACUUCGGCGAGGUGCUGUGCCACGUCUCGUCGCCAUCCUCCUCCGGUUUCCUGACAAGGAGGCUCUGGAGGAGGUGUGCCUCCUGGCUCUCUGUAACCUCAGCGGGAUGGGCGUGGCGGCGGAGGCCGGAAUGGUCUGGGAGAGGGGGGAGUCGGUGAGACCRGGGGAGUGCGUGUUCCACGGCAUUUUCCCUCACACCUGCGGCUUCGCCUCCUCGGUGACUCUGGUGCGCGUCUCUCAGUGGGCACCGGGUCAGUGCGCGGUCAGCAUCGAGGACUUCCAGCGCUGUUCCUCCUCUUUCUGGAACUUUUACAGGAACAAACAGGCUCAGCAUCGGUUCCCGUUCUUCAGCUCGGGCAGCUGUUCGAAUCUGUUCAAGGGGAUGAAGUUCUCCACGAGGAGCGUUCCUCGGACAAAGAGUCUGAGGACUCGUGUGUUUCACACUUUCCUGUGACCGACUAAAACCAGAGACGGUGGCCUAAACUAACUGGACUAACUGGACUUAUGUCCUGAUGCAUCUCAGUAAUCCAGGUAGAAAAAAAUCAAAAAAGAAAAAAUAAGUAGGUCCUCUGGAUGGGUU